AAAUUCCUUAUGGAUAUAUAAUUUUGUGAAGAAAGUUUUCAUAGGCACUUGAAUAAUCUUCAUCGCAUGAUGAAAUAUGAUCUCAUAUACAAACGUAUUAUUAUUUACCCUGACGCUUAAACAUCUACCCGAUACCAGAGAUUUGCUGAUCAGAUAUGAGGCUCAACAGCUACGAACUGAAUGGAUUAAUAUUAACAUAUCUUACAUUGUCUGAGAUCAUUUCUUUGACACAAGGUUGUAUUCUUUUGCUAAAUGGUUGGGAACCCCUUUCUGUAUACAACCGAACGCUACUAGCGGAUGUAGUAGUUUCAGGAUAUGUACAUGAAACUUACAAAGACCUCAGGUCCAAAGAUUUUACUUACAGUGCCAAAAUAGAGUUGAUUACAAUAUAUAAAGGUCAGGAACUGGUCGAAAAGCUUACCCCUGUGUCGAAGAACACUUUUGUCAUUAGUAAUUUUGGGGAUAAGAAAAUGUGUUAUGCUGACAUAUCCGAAGAUGAAAUCUACAUAUUGUUUCUGACAAUAUACAAGGAAAGACUGUCGGCGAAAUACGAUGAUAUCUUUGGUGCUGCCACUGAGCUUACCAAAACCAAAGAAGAAGAAAUACUCACACAGCUAGGUUGGAAUUUUUGGUCGUCGUGGGAAUCUUGCAGCGCUACUUGUGGAAAAGGAACUCAGAUCCGAAAACGAGGCUGCAGCGACCUGACUUCCUGUUCUAGCGCAGUCUCAGAAAGGAGGUCCUGUAACGAAUUCCCCUGUAAAGGAACAACAGACAUACUCAAAGCAUUAGGGAUACCUAAACUUCCUCACGGGGUAUCCAUAGAAUCUAACAGAACUUCAGCUUACUCUAUAAGUAGUGAAGCCAAUUUAUAUAUUCCUCUAUCCGACCUCUACAGAGGUAAAUUUCCGAAGGAUUUCUCGAUAUUAAUCACCGCCAAGCUUAACAAAUCGUCGGAAGGAUAUAUAUUAACGUUUAGUGACAUUAUGGGCCAACAGAAAAUGGCUAUAAAGUUUGGAGAAAGGCUUACCUUAGAAUAUUACGAUCAAAACGGACUACCUGGGCCUAAAUCUCCAGGAUUUGUAGAGAAUCUCAGUGACUCUACCUGGCACCAAUUCGCCUUCAGUGUGGAAGAUCAACAAGUGACUCUUUUUAUUGACUGUGAGAAAGUGAGGUCUCAGUUCUUCGGAAGGAGUAUGAAACCUUAUGUAGGAGUUAACUUAAUGCUUGCUCUAGGGCCCUACUUUGCAAGGCAUGGAACUCCAUUCCAGGGGUCCAUCGAACAGCUACUUAUUGUUAAGAAUCCAAAUGCAGCUGCUCAACAGUGUUCCAGUAAAUUGCAAAACGGGGAGAAAAUAAUUGGGACAGAAAAAGCAGUUAAAGACGACAGUCAGGUUGGUGUCGCCCAGACAUUAUUACAGUCCGAACAAUCCAAACCGGACAAUAGCGAAGACAGAACAACAUUUAAAAACACGUCUGCAGCAGCCUUAAAUACUCAAGAAACAUCAACUGUUUAUAUUGAUUGGUCGGAAUGGUCUACAUGCAGUGUGUCUUGUGGUAUGGGAUUCCAGUCCCGCACUCGCUACUGUGGUAACAAUGACCUUGAAAAUUGCUUAGAAAAAGAAAAUCAGUUAAUUCAGACGAAACCUUGUGGGGGGAAAGCAUGUUCUGAUGCAGCUUCAGCCAAAGGCUGUUCGAAAGAAUGUUAUAAUGGCGGCUCCUGCAGACUAGAUGGAAGUUGCGCAUGCCCAAAAGGAUACAAAGGGAAACAGUGCCAAAAAGUUAUUUGCAAACCACGCUGUAAAAAUGGCGGGAAAUGCAUUCGUCCUGGUGUGUGUGUUUGUCCCAAAGGCUACUCACAACCAACAUGUAAAGCAACAGUUGGAUGUAGCAUAAAGUGCCAAAAUGGUGGGAAAUGUUGGAAAAGAAAAAGAUGCAAAUGCAAAAAGGGAUACAAGGGAAAAGAUUGUUCAAUACCGAUAUGUCGGCGUCGGUGUAAUAAUGGCGGGAAAUGCGUUGCACCAAAUAAGUGUUCUUGUCGGCAGGACUAUAGAGGAAGAAGAUGUCAGAAAGCUAUCUGCAAACCAAAAUGCAAAAAUGGUGGAUCGUGUAUAUUUCCAAACGUUUGCAAGUGCAAGGCAGGGUUUUAUGGGUCCCACUGCGAGAAGUAUAAAUGUAGGAGGAGAUGUAAAAAUGGUGGUUUCUGUAUAGGACCAAAUAAAUGUAGCUGUCCACUGGGGUACUCAGGGAAAUGGUGUCACAUAGGGCGAUGCAAUCAGCCAUGUCUAAAUGGUGGAAAAUGUAGAAACAAUAAAUGUCGAUGUACUGCGGGAUGGAAAGGCAAAAGAUGCUCAAUUAGAGGCUGUACUUAUACUCGAUACACCGUGCCAUAUGAUAGGUCCUACAAGAGGAUGUACCGAGAGGAAUACAUCACGAAAUGUGGGCCAUGGAGCUGGAAAUCUUGUGUCAAAACCAGAAUUCGGUACGAAAUUGUAGCAAAAACAAUAUACAAAGCAGCAUAUAAAUGCAUCUGAGAAGAGUGGAUAAUUACUUGAACGAUAAUUUUAAAAAAAUGUCACAGUUCAGGCUUCAUUUAUUAAUGAAGAUAAUCACAUUGGAAAACAGACUAGAAGUAUGGAGAAGGCCCUCCUCAAGGAAUCAAUGGAUUCUAUGUAAAACUUCCUGCAUUAUUUCUCUGGACCGGAAGUUAUUAAAGACAAACAUAAAAUGAAAUACAUUCAUGUUUCAUGAUAAGAGAAAUUUCCAAGUUUAAGAAAAAAUAUGGAACCCUGACGUCAGAGAAAUAGGGAUUUAUCAAUCCUACUUAUACCUAUAGCCUCAUUUUUGAUAUACCUCAAUUCGCAGACUAUUUUUACAUUCCAUAGCUAUGUCAGAUGUACAGUGGCUCUGUUGCAAACUUGAGAGAAAAUGGCAAAAAUGUAUGGUAUAUUUUAUAUUUAUACCAAAGAAUAUGCGUUUGAUACUCAAACAUCUAAAUGAUUUUUGCUUUGUUGAGAUUUUAACCUAUACACUAUAUUGUUUCAAAUAUUUUUCUACAUUUAUGUGCUUUUUAAUACAUGUUUCAUGUGGAUUGACAGAUUUCAAAGAAUAAAAGUAAAUUAUUGA